UGUCUCGCUAUCGUUCUCGUUUCUGGUGUCGUUUACCAAUGCAGCAACAGUUUCACACACAUACACUACUUGCUGCAUUUAUUAAAAGCUAUUCUCAUGAAACUAAACAAUUCAAGGUUGAGCAGUGGACAAUUUAAAACGAGUUUUAUGAUCUCUUAUUUACUGCCGUCAAUUCACUGCGGUCAGUUGUGACGCACCGGCGGUCCUGUCCUAAAAAAAUCAACAGCUUUAUUGUGAAUUAGUGGUAUCUUUGUUGUGCUAUUAAAAUCGUUUACUACUUGCCGAGUGGGUAACGGUACUGACUUACCUACAGUUUGGGACAAGCAGGGCAAGGACGUCAUUGUCCAGUUUCUUUGCUUUAUUGUGACUGUGCGGGAAAUUCUGGCUAUUAAUGAUAAGUGAUAAAGUUCAGCGGACUGCCUCGUGGAAUAGGAAGGCUGGUGGUUAAAAUGUUAUGCUUUGUUUGCAGAUAACCUUCCAAAAACAUGAGGUCUACGUCCAACGAAGAUCUCGGCGAACCUCUUCAGUACGAUCCGCAAUUUGAUGGACCAUUAAAGAGGAGAUCUUGUACCGAUGUGAUAUGUUUGCUGAUCUUUGCUGUCUUUAUGACGGGAUGGGUAGGAAUAGGGAUAUAUGCGUUCAUGAACGGCGAUCCCUCCACUUUGUUGGUACCAAAAGACACCGCUGGUAGCCGUUGUGGAGUCGACUCGCAUGUUAAAGACAGACCGUAUCUAUUUUUCUUCGAUUUAACACGAUGUUUAGAUCCAAGGGUGCCAUUUACUGGAUGUAACACGACCCAGGUGUGUGUAACACAAUGCCCAUCCACGAAUUAUUUUAAGACAGGCGCUACUUACGAGGGAGACACUGGAUUCUGCAAUACAUAUACGAAUAGUAGUACCUCGGAUUGUCCCGAUUGGUAUCUCAUAAGCACAGUGUUCCUCAAUCGGUGUUUAUACAACGUGGGGGACCGUAAAAAACUGAAGCGACCGGGUAUGGCUGAAGUGAUGGGCGACGAGAUAUCUGUGAUGAAAAGUCUCCUUAACCCUUAUCACAUGUGGAUAUCUCUGGCUGUUCAGAACGCCCUCACAUAUCUUACAGAAAACGAAAAUGUCCACAAGAUUGGACAAAAUGUCGUCGAAGACAUAAUACGCUCUUGGUGGAAAAUUCUGCUAGGAGUUGUACUGGCCUUACUGGCCUGCAUCAUUUACAUCAUAAUGUUGAGAUGGAUGGCCGCACCUAUUGUAUGGCUAUCUAUUAUCGGAGUAUUGGCUUGUCUAAGUUGUGGUCUAUAUUUUACAACAAUCAAGUAUAUCGAAUUCAGAGACAAAUACAAUGCAGAAGUAUACGAAGAAGUGAAGUCAAGUUAUAAAACAAAACGAGACUUAUUCCUGACCGGAUUAAUAAUUAUAUCCAUUGUACUAGCUAUAAUUUUAUUAAUGCUGAUCUUUUUACGGAAACGUAUAAUUCUGGCGAUAGCCCUUGUGAAAGAGGGCAGCAAGGCCGUCAGUUCUGUAACUGCGUCGCUAUUCUUCCCAAUAUUGCCAUGGGUUUUACAACUCGGCAUUAUAGCAUACGCAAUAGCCGUUGCUCUGUAUCUUAAAACCACCGGCGAUCCUGUAUACAGGACUAGACAUAUAGAGUCGACAUGUAACAUCGGAUUUGAAGACAAUGUUGAAUGCGAUCCAGACGAAUUCAGAGCGGCCAUUGAAAACAAUACUUUAGGAGGUUGCGCAAAUGCUAUCUGCAAAUUUAUUCGGAUAGACAACAGUGAUUUUUAUCCAUACUUGCAAGCUAUUAACGUUUUCGGGUUCUUUUGGUUGGUAUUUUUCAUAUCUGCUUUGGGACAGAUGGUCUUGGCUGCGGUUUUCGCCCAGUGGUACUGGACUUUCCACAAAAGCGCACUUCCGUUUUUCGCUGUAACUGUAGCAUUCUGCAGAACAGUAAGGUACCAUCUAGGAACCCUUGCCUUUGGCUCCCUAAUCAUUGCGAUCUGUCGAAUAAUAAGGGUGCUAUUGGAGUACAUCGACUACAAAUUAAAGAAAUACGAUAACGACUUAGUCAAAGCCAUCCUGUGCUGCUGCAAAUGUUUCUUCUGGUGCCUGGAGAACUUCCUCAAAUUUAUCAAUAAAAAUGCCUACAUCAUGUGCGCCGUUCAUGGCAAGAACUUCUGCGCCAGCGCCAAAGACGCAUUUUUACUUUUAAUGCGCAACAUCGUCAGGGUGUUCGUACUUGAUAAAGUGACUGACUUCCUCUUUUUCCUAAGCAAACUGCUAGUAACGUGCGGUGUGGGCGCGGUGUCGUACGUCAUUUUCGCUACAGAUCUCACUUCCAUUGAUAAUUCGAGUUUAAAUUAUGGGAUUGUACCUGUGAUUAUCAUAAUGGUUUGCACGUACCUGAUCUCGUCGGUAUUCUUCAGCGUAUACAGUAUGGCUGUGGACACGCUGUUUCUCUGUUUCUUGGAAGACUGUGAAAGGAAUGAUGGUUCCGCAGAGAAGCCGUACUUCAUGUCGAAGAAUUUGAUGAAGAUUUUCGGAAAGAAGAACAAUCUCUCGUAGUAUUAUUGCCGCCAAAAAAUUUUUUAUUGUCGCACUGAAGAUAAUAAAUAAUUGAACUGUGAUAAGUAUCGUAAACAUGAUUACCAAAUAAACUAGUUAUAUAAUAUAUUUUACCAAAUUUGUACUAGUUCUAAUAUAAUCAUAAUAAAAUACCUAUUAACAGGUAGAAUCCAA